ACAUAUACUCAAGAGUGAUAAGGAAGUACGUAAAAAUACGCAUGUUGUGUACAGAAUUAUUUGGAAUCAUUGAGCGAUCGAGUCUCCAUCCAGAACCCACGAAAUGGCAACUCUUUAUUUUAAAUUACUCAACUCCGCAGGUUUCAGAAAUUUCACGCGGGCCCUGAGUAAUGCCACGGGAGAGCCUAAAUUCUUGGGAAUCAACGCAAAGUUCACAAGUGUUUUGAAAUUCGUCAAUAACGAGAGCUAUGAACCGAUACCGAUCUACAGGAUAUUGUCAUCACCAAAUAGUCAAGUGUCGGAUCCUGAUCUCAAGAUCGGCAAUGAGUUGCUGUUAAAAAUGUACGAAUCUAUGGUGAGGAUUCGGACAAUGGAUAAAAUUCUUUAUGAAUCUCAGAGACAAGGGCGUAUCUCAUUCUUCAUGACGAACACCGGUGAAGAAGCAAUUCAGAUAGGUUCAGCUGCUGGGCUGACUCUUCAAGAUGUUAUUUACGCGCAGUACAGAGAAGCUGGUGUUUUACUGUGGCGAGGAUUCAAAUACUCAGGGUUCAUAAAUCAAUGCUACGGUAAUCACGAUGAUUCGGGGAAAGGGAAGCAGAUGCCGGUGCAUUAUGGAUCGAAGGAGCUGAACUUCAUGACUAUUUCUUCCCCCCUCACCACACAGUUGCCUCAGGCUGUGGGGGCAGCUUAUGCCUUAAAAAGAUCAAAGAAGGAAGCCUGUGUCGUGUGCUAUUUCGGGGAAGGAGCAGCCAGUGAAGGGGAUGCACAUGCAGCUUUCAAUUUUGCUGCCACUCUGGACUGUCCUAUCAUCUUCAUUUGUCGGAAUAACGGAUAUGCAAUUUCUACGUCGUCCCUGGAGCAAUAUAAGGGUGACGGGAUAGCAGCGAGAGGUCCAGCGUAUGGAAUAAAUACAAUUAGAGUUGAUGGUAAUGACAUAUUUGCGAUGUAUCAUGUCACACGAGUGGCUCGAGACUUCUGCAUAAAACAUCGAAAGCCCGUUCUCAUCGAAGCCAUGAGCUACAGAGUGGGACAUCACAGCACGUCUGAUGACAGCACAGUCUAUCGUGCGAAGGACGAAAUUGAGAACUGGAAUAAAGAGUCUCCAGUGCUGAAACUUCGUCAGUACCUGGAGAAUCUCCAACUCUGGAAUGACGAACAAGAGAAAAAGCUUGAGGUCUCGCUGAGGAAAGAGUUUCUGAGGGAGUUCGAGGAGGCGGAGAAAAAACUCAAGCCGAAGUGGAAUGAACUGUUCACUGAUGUCUAUCAGGACAUGCCCGAUCACAUCAAGCGACAAAAGAUGUUGAUGGAGCGUCAUGUAGAGGAGUACCAGGAGCACUAUCCUAUGAAAGAAUUCCAGACCUCAUAACUUUUUUACACCUUUAUUUCCUUAUAAAUAAAUCUAACAAAUUUGGUACGAUA